UAUUACUACUAACGCCGCCGCGCACCCUUUAAGUAUACAUAAGAUCAUUUCGUUAAUUGUGGAUAGGUACUACUUACUACCUCAGCUAAUACUGGAUUGCUGUUGCAUUUGAAUUUCUGUAAUAGCCCGAAUGAAGUAGCCAAGAUGUCGAAAAAUGAUGAUUAUAUUACGGAAGGUAACUAUAGAUCAUAUUAGUAUACUAGGUAGGAGUUGAUUCGGCACUUUAGACAUUGAAGAUUAUCAAGCAAAAAGAAUGACUCCGUCAGUGAAAACCACGUCGUAGAUUAGAAAAUAUUGUGCAGGAUGGAUGCUGAGAAGCUCUCAGAAGUAAAUAAUCCAGAGGGGAGUGAGGCUGAGCCCUUAAGUAGUCUUCCCCUUCCUCCAUCAGUCAUCUCAAAACUUAAAGAUGAAGGUUUUAUUUAUGUGGCAGAUGUCAAAGGCUUACGACCUACAGAACUCCAUACAAUUACAGGGAUAAAUCUUAAAGAUUGUUUGGCUGUUGUAAGAGCAGUGAGGAAGGAUACUGAUGUUCAGACUGUGAAUGCAACUCCACUAGUGGUACAGGAAGAAAACAAUUCACCACACAUUAGUACCUUCUGCAGAGGUUUAGAUAACAUCCUUGGUGGGGGUUUUGCCAUUGGCUCUAUAACAGAGUUGGCUGGAAGCCCUGGCAUUGGAAAAACACAGUUAUGCUUGCAAGCCUGUGUAUCAGUUCAGUUCCCAACUUCACUAGGCGGCCUGGGGGGAGAAUCUGUCUUUAUAGAUACAGAAGGAAAAUUCUCAGCUGUGAGAUUGAAAGAUAUUGCUGCACAUGCAGUUCAGCGUGUAAAAACUACAACCAAUAGUGUAGAUAUAAGCUUGGGGCCUACAGUUGAAUCUCUUCUUAAAGGCAUACACUAUUACAGGUGCUACAACUGCCUAGAAGUACUCGCUGCAGUUAGAAGAGUCUGUGCCCUCCAAAAGGAUUGUCAAAGGAUCAAGCUUCUUGUCAUUGAUUCCAUUGCUUAUCCUUUCCUCUAUGAUGAUUAUGAAAGUGAGCUAGUGGGACUAAAAAGUUUCACUACCCAAGAACUCCAAGAGUUGGUGAAUAAUCACAAUAUGGCUGUCAUCAUCACUAACUACCUAACUAUCAGAGGUGAUGGUUAUUCUGUUGACUUGGUUGGAGAGUUAGGAGAGAUGUGGGGCCACUACCCCACUGUACGACUCAUUCUUCGCUGGGAGAGCGGUGAGAGGAUUGCAUCAGUGACCAAGGCUCCUCACUUGGGCAAUGCAGUUGCUAAGUAUGAGGUAAGAGUAGCAGGCAUUGAAGACAUUGAGAGCAUUGCAGUAUGUAACAGUACUGGAAUAAAAAAACGAAGGAUUGAAGCACCAAGCAAUUCUUCAUAGCAGUUACUGAAUGAUGUCCAGCUGUCAAAUAUUAAUUUAAUAUUUUAUGAACAACUAUUUCAAGAAAGUACAGACGUGUAAUGGUUACUUUCAGAAAUAAAUUAAGUACAAUUUUAUGAUGUAAUUACUUGUAGUUACAAACUAUUGCCUUAUCAAGCCCUUUUACUUCUGUGCCUGUAAAUGCUACUUAUUUAGACACUUGGCUCUGAAAUUAUGUUUCUCCAUCCAGUUGAUGAGGAUGAUGAUGAAAAUAGGACUAGUUUGUAUAUAUAGAAAAGAGAAUUCGUAAUAAAACAUAAUGUCUUUAUGUAAGGUACCAACAAUGCCAUACAAGAGAUGAAUAUUUGUUAAGAUGGGGAGGAAGCUGAAGUGGAGUGGCUUUCCAUUGGGAUGAUAGCUCAUUUAUUUCACAUUAUCCAUAGAUUCAUCAUCCAUGUUUCAGUUACCUGUAAUCAGAUAAUUAAACAUCAAAAUAUUUUUUAAAAUGUGUAUUGCAUAAUUUUAAAUUUUCCACAGAACUAUCAUCUUAACCAGUAGCUCAUGUGAUUCAUCUCAGGACAUUCAUGUGCAAUAUGUUAGUCAUGCCUAGGGAUCAACAGCCCCGUAAGGGGGGUUAGUGCUGCCAGUGCGCCACACAUUCCUUUUACUGUACCUAUGUUCAUAUUCUCUUUCAUUAGAAUUUACACUUUUCCUAACAAUUGUGUCAUGGUACAAGUGUGAGGUUUUCCUCCUUUUACACCUUUCAAAUGUUUUUACUGUCAGUUUCCUAGUCAGCGCUGAAUGAUCUCAUAAGUCCCAGUGCUUGGCUUUUGACCUAAAUUCUAUAUUCCACUUCCAGUUGGGAUUUAGUGAAGACUAGUCUUCAUGUCUUUAUGGGUAAAUGAAAGUUCUCUCAAAUUCACCCAUGGUUAAACUGUUCCCCACCUGACCAACGGGGAGCUCUCCAUUAGGUUCUGUUGGUCAGCCUUGGUAGAUGCCUUCCAGCGCCCCUGCAACAUUCUGAGCUCUUGUAGCUUUGCCCCACUCUUUCUCAUACUGGUGUCAGUAGCAUUGAUCAGUCCAGGUCUUAAACACCUUGGCAGCUCCUUGUGAAUCUGAUAUUAGGUGGUUUUCCUGAUCUAGUUCUUCCAGAGAUUCUCUGUAGCUCACUGUCCCAUUCAGAGGUAGUAGAUCGUCUAUUUGAUAGCAGUGGACUCUCUCUCUCUCUGAUCAGACCUCCAUUCAGCGAAUUGUGGACCUUGUCAUGCACCUUCAUGAUACCAAGCUUCUUUCAUUCACCAUUGUGAAAGGCUAGCUAACUGCAACCAGGCCUUCAGACUUGAGUGCAAAGAUAGAUCAUUGUUGUGGCCGAGCUGUCUUUGUCAGUUAGGAGCUUCAGAGUCUGAGGAAGGACAUGAAUACGCAUCACCUUCCGUAAAUUGUUUGGGCUCUGUUGAACCCUUGAGACAGGCCUUGAACUGAGACCUCACCUGCAGGAUUGUUGAGCCUCAACAAAAUGUAUUAGCAAGUACCAUAGGCUACUUUUCUGGUACACCAAGGGUUGGAAUCACUUUCAUGUUCAUUUAUUCCAGGGUUUGUGAGUCGUGCAUGCUGCCUUGAAGGACUUGGCAUUGUGUGCCAAGAGUACCUGCACCUCUUGCUAGUACUGGCAAAUGCAAGGAGUAGGUGUUCAGAAACGCCUUUCUGACUUUGUAAUGCAUCAGGUGAGCUAAUGGCAUUUGAUGAGGGCAGGUGCCUGUAGCUUCAGACCACUUUUACCUCAUCUUACUAGGUGACUUCACCUACAGGUUUUCAGACACCUCUCCUCUGUAACUUUUGGUGGCUAUUCAUCAAGUUGUGUAAGUGCCCAGCUCCUUUCAGAUAUAAAAUCAUCUACCACAGGUUUUUGGAGAGCAUAAGGUUGGUGUUGAAUGGUAAAUUGAUUGGUUUCUAUCCAUCCUUCCCUUCAACAAAAUUCGCAGGGCAGCAGCUUGCCCAAAGCAAUAACUGGACUGGGCAUGCAUAGAUGUAGGUGGCUAUUCAACCAAACAACCGACCUGAGAACUUGUAACAAAGAUUUGACUCCCUCCACACUUCUUUUUAAUAGGGAAAAGACUGUUCUGAUUCAAAGAUAUAGCUGCUUCUCACUGUCAUCCCUUGCCAGUUUAAAUCAUUUGUUACAUGAGCCGUUGCUCCCCUUG